UGUUUUUCUUGUUGCAUUUGACUGUUCCUUGAGCAAAGCAACAAUUCCCGUCUAGUUUCAAAAAUGCAAGAAUCGUAUCCAGUGAUAGGAAGAGUUCCAACUCACAUCCUGACAUGGGGCAAGUGGAUCGAAGAAUCUUUGGGUGACCAUAUAGAAAUUGUCCUGUGUAUUACGGGCAACCCUGGGUUGCCCGGUUUCUACACCAAAUUCCUUUCGACCGUUUAUAAUUGUCUCAACAAGGAGAUUCCGGUUUGGGUUAUCGGUCAUGCUGGACACGACGAAGCGAGUGACAGCCCUUACAAGAAACCGGUACCACCAAUCGAGGGCAAUGAGCACCUGUUCAACCUCCAAGGGCAAUUACAACAUAAAAUCGAUUUUAUACGUAAAUAUGUCCCAGCGCAUGUGAAAAUUCAUCUGGUUGGUCAUUCCAUCGGAUGCUAUCUAGCUUUGCAAUUGCUCAAAAUCCCAGACAUCAAUAAGCAGAUUCAGCACUGCUAUUUUCUAUUCCCGACUCUUGAACGAAUGAAGGAUGCUCGAAAUGGGUUUAUUCUAACACAAAUUAUCAGGCCAAUUUACUUCAUAGUUCAGUGGUUCUAUCGGUGCUUUGCGUUGCUUCCCAACGUCAUCAAGAUUUGGAUUAUUUACUGCUAUUUCGUCGUGACGCGAGCACCCAAGUAUUAUAUUGGCACUGCGCUCAAAUACACCAACCCAGCAGUUAUGGACAAAGUGUGGUUUAUGGCCCUGGACGAAAUGGAAAAGGUACGAAGCCUAGAUAUAGCCACCAUAGAACAAAACGCACGCCGGCUGAAAUUCUAUUACGGGACCACCGACGGAUGGGUUCCAGUGAAGUACUAUAAAGAGCUUGUAGAAAAGGUGCCGGAUGCCGACGCGGAGCUGUGCACGCGUAAAUUUGAACAUGCUUUCGUGCUUCGAAGUGCUGAUCAAAUGGGAUUUAUGGUAGGCGAAUGGAUUCUUAAGAAUCGGGUGAUUGAUUAGGUUGUGAAUAUACUUCAAGGAAAAAGGGAACUAGCGAAUAGGCAUUAAGUUUCUGAAGCUUAAAUAUAUAAUUCGAAAAAAUUCCCCGUCAUAAGACGAGUUUGGUACUAUAUUCUAUUUAAUUUCACCACGUUUCGGAACUAAACUCGUCGUAUGACAGUUGAAGACAUUCCACUAAGAGAGCUUAAUAA